CGCCAUCCGAAUAUAUUGAUUCAUGGGUUAAUCCUCUAUCCAGUUCAACUUUUCACGGGUGUUCCAGAGAGCGAAGAUGGGGAGGAACAACAACAGCGACAGCGAAGAAGACGAAACCCUGUACUACCGCUAUGCCUCUUCCUCAAUUCCUAACCCUAACCCUAAAUCUAACUCCUCCAAACUCCAGAAAAGAUCCAGCGGCUCCGGAAGUCUAGCUCCUUCUAAAUCAACGGUCUACGUCUCCAACCUCGACUACACCCUUACCAACUCCGACCUCUUCACCAUCUUCUCCACCUUCGGCAAAGUCGCCAAGGUCACCAUCCUAAAGGAUCGCCACACUCGCCACAGCCGCGGCGUCGCCUUCGUACUCUUCGUCUCCCGUGACGAGGCCAUCGCGGCCGCUCGUGAGAUGAACGGCAAGGUCCUCAAUAAACGCACCCUCACCGCCUCUAUAGCCGCCGACAACGGUCGGGCCGCUGAGUUCAUUCGCCGCAGGGUUUACAAGGACAAGAGCCGCUGUUACGAGUGCGGAGAGGGCGGCCAUUUGUCGUACGAGUGCCCCAGGAACCAGUUGGGUCCCAGGGAGCGUCCGGUGCCGAAGCGCUCACGGCGCGGGCAGGGCGGGAGUGAGGCCAGGCAGAACGGUGAUCACGACAACGGCGGAUCGGAUGGCGGGGAAGCAUUUGAGGAUGAUAAUUGGGCGUCAGUGGUCGAUACUGGUGCUGAUCAGAGGUUAUUAAAGGGAAGUGAGGGUUUGGAGAUGAGGAAGAAGGGGAAGAAAGAGAAAAAAGCAAGUUAUUUUAGUGAUGAGAGUGACGAGGAGGAGUGAUUUUGAAGUGGGUUUUGUUUGAAAUGUAGGAUUUGAAUUGGGUCAAUGGAGUCUGGAACAAUCUCAGUAAGGGAUGAUUAAUCAACCAGGUGCAGGAUUCAAGAGGAAGCUCAAUUUUAUGGUACUGGGGGCAAUUACUGCUGUCCUUCUUCAUCUAUCAUUUCCAGGAGAUUUCAAGUUUGAUUCCCAGAGGAUGAACGAUGAGAUAGCAGUGGAAUGGAUCCUUGUAUAGUAAUUUUAAGAGGGAGAAUUUCAUAGAAUUUAUUGAUUACUGUGGCUUUCUUGAAACACUGAAGUUGAUGAAUAUCUACAGGCUUCGGUUGUUCAUGUGAUUACCAUCAUAUCGUUCGUCAAAUAUGUUUUGGAAUUGAAAGGCUGUUGGUGGCAAUUUAGGGUAAAAGUCAAAAGUCUGGAAGUUCACAUAUAUGGCAGAGAAAGCAUUGAUAUAUUACCUUUCCAAAAAAGAGACUUGCAGAAAAGAUUUGCAACUUGUCCUCGUUCAUGCAACCAAGUAAGCUGGGCAUUGGGAAUGAGCAUACAUCGAGUAUGGGAUGCUGGUGCGGUUUAAGCUUCUCCAAAUGAGGAAACAGAAAUGGCCGCCUUCCAUCUGACCAGAAUCCCAGCCCAAUUCAGACACUGAUGUAAAGCUUCCACACAAAAAUCACUCACCAAGGGCUGCCCUGGCACUCCUGGCAAGCUCACAUUGUAUUCUUCUCUUUGGAAAUCCAGGUGAAGGCGCCCCAUCAUUUGGAAAGCACUAGUCCAUAAGAAACUGCUUUCCAUUGAAGAAGAGGCCACCCUCUUUCAAGACCAUCACAUUGCCCAGGGAGAUGGGAACAAACCUAAAUAUAGGUCAUUCAAGGCUACAACUUCCACUGUGCCCAAGGACUUGUAUUGGAGAUGAAACCACAUUCCAUGUUCACAAACUCUGGUACUGGGUGGCCCUCAAUGACCUACCUACCAAGCAACAAUUUAGAGAUACACAUCCCCUACCCUUCUUGGUUUUCUCUUUGGGGAAGGUGGGGAAUUCUUUGGGCUUUUUGGCUUUGUAACAGCUCAUUUCUGGCCUGAACAGACUUACCCAAAUCAAAUCUGUUAUCCUGAAAGCAUUGUAGCCCACCCAAAAGGUCAAAUCCCUCCUGAAAGAAAAUGAGGAAUGUUCUUGUAUCCCAUGCGAUACCCAAAUCCCAACACUGGUCCAAAGAUUCUAGCAGAAAGCCAAAACCUCCUUAUCCUGAUCCCCUUCAAAAGUAUCCCUUUCUUCUUUCCACAAUGUCGACUGUUGAUUCUCCCCUCCCCUUUACACUUCCUGUGAUAAGCUUGAAUGAUUUUGAGUUCUCUUGCCAUUAUUUGAACUUCAUAUAGGAAUGUAUCCACGCAUCAAAUUGAUGAAUGAAUUUCUGGUUUCUAAGAA